CAACUCUCUCCUAAUUUUUUUAACCAGCGGGCUAAUCAUCAUGACCAAGUUAGCCUCCUACACAAGCACGCCCUGUCCAGAAGCCAAAGAACUUUCCUUCUUUAGUCUUGCAUUUUUGUUCAACAAUCAAGAAACUCUGAGGGUGGAGUCCACCAACUCUUUCCAAAUUCAGCCAUUCUUUCUUUUUCUUUUCUCUCUUUGACCAUUUCUUCCUAUUUUUCUUUUUCUGUACAAAACAUUAGUUUAAAUAAGCUUAGACCACAUUUUGCAAGGGGAGAGAGAUGAUGGAUUACUAUGAGCUUGCAGCCAGGUCUUCUUACCAAGAGUCUCUUAAGGUUCUCGAGGCUGAUAUCCACCACGCUAAUGUGUUGGCGGCUUCUAUACCAAGAGGCAAGAGUGGUUCUUGUCUGCAAAUGAAACUGGUUUACAAUCACUUGGCACCCAUUUGUUUGCUGUUACUCCAGUGGAUGGAUUGUUCGUGUACAUGUCUACCUUCAAGUUAUUUAAAUCUUUUCCACAUAGUUUUAUAUCAGGUAUGCUCUGAUGGGAGGCCAAAGAUUUCUUCAUGCAGAAGGAAAGCAACCAUUAGGGAAUUCUAUGUUGCAGCUGUUAUAUUACCAUCACUUCAAUAUCUUCAUGGUGAUUCAAUGGAGUUGGACACGACUCAGGAAGAAGGUUGUAUGGAGGUAGUUAAAAAGAGACUAGAGGAAAGGAGGAAACUUUCAGAUACAGAUUUAGAGAGGGAGGAUGAAUGUGGGAUCUGCUUGGAGCCUUGCACAAAAAUGGUUGUACCAAGCUGCUGCCACACAAUGUGCAUCAACUGCUACCAUGACUGGAACACAAGAUCAGAAUCUUGCCCAUUUUGCCGGGGAAGUCUGAAAAGAGUGAAUUCAGGUGACUUGUGGGUUCUCACAUGCAAUAAGGAUGUGGUUGACACUGAAACUGUGUUAAGAGAGGAUAUGUUGCGAUUCUAUCUUUACAUAAACAGCCUGCCUAAGGAUGUCCCUGAUGCUUUGUUCUUGAUGUAUUAUGAGUACCUAAUCUAACCUUGCAUACUUAAAGAUUGAUGUACAGAGGAAAAAUGCUGACUGUCACAUGUAAAAAGGUCUGGUGAGGUUUUCAUGUUGAAAAUUUCAUUUCUACUUGAUAAUUGUUCAGAAUAAUGUAUAUUCUCUGUGUAAUAGACCCCAUUAUUUAAUAUUAUCUUGCACAUUUUUAUAACAAACAA